AUGCCCACCAACGGAAUGCCAGUUCCUGGACUGAAGGCAGUUGGAAGAAAAAUGAGCAAUUCCUUGUGCAUGGAAUCUGUCAGCAAGGACCAUUCAGAGAUCCCUUUGUUAAGGGGUACAUCGAGGAUGCUGGACCACGUCAGGCCUGUUUCUUCCUCCCCAGAGUACAGUUUCGUUCCAGAAGAGAUUUUCCGAGCCCUGACCUGUGCUAGCAGUUCUCUUGGCAGCCCAGACUACUUACAGUCCCACCAAAAAACAAAAAACAUAGUGAGCUUCAGGGGCUGCUUGCGAACCCCCGAUCGGCUUUGGCAUUAUCCUAAUCGUCGGAGCAAGUUCAGACACUUGACAGACCACCCUGUCAGCUUGACAGGUGCUGGAAGGGAUGUCUCUUAUUUGUGUGAUGUGAUGAUCCCAGAAGAUAAGAAAACAGUGGCCCUCAAAAGCUCUUUUUCUCAGAGUCCUCAGGAACAAAGCAGUGGUACAGUCUCAAGUACUCCUCAAGCAACCCUAGCAGAUAGUCUGGUUCCCGAGGAAUUUCACAUUGUGAGAAAGCAGGGAGUUCUGCCCUUGAAGUACUUUGAUGAUAAAUACACAACUCUGCUUGAAGACAGUGAAAAGAGACUACGUCUGUUCCCAUCCAUGAAACCUUCUGGGAGGUUAGAGGUCAUACAGCUGAUGGAGGCAAUGGACAGCAUGUUGGAAAAAGCUGGAGUAGAUGAGCUGAUUGGAGUAACAGGACCUUCACAGCUGCACAACAUGCUGGAGCUGAUGAAGGCAGAGCAGAACAUCUACAAUGUAGUUUUCCAUGAGAUGAUUCGGCAGGUCAGCGUGGACUGCAAGGAGAGAGGACAGCUGCUUUCUAAACUCAGACAGAGGUAUGUGGAUCUCCUGGAGCGUAUUCCUCAGCAGAUGAAGGCACUGUACAAAAAAAUGAUGGCUCAGCAACUGGUUGACAGACAUAUUACAGAAGAACUACUCUAUUUUAAGGAGUGUGUUGCGCAGCUGGCCAGCGAACUAUAUGAGGUACGAGAACAUGACUGCAAGGUGACCAAAGAAGCAGAAAAAGCUCAAAAGGAGCUAGCUGCAGCCAUGCAAGAGGCAGAGGCAAAUGCAAACCUUUUGGAACAGUAUCGAGAGUUAUACGAGUUACAGAGGAGAAGGCUGGAAGACCAGGUUCUGGUGGUAUCUCAAGAGAGAGACAUCUGGAGCUCAGCUGCAUGUAACCUUGCUCUGAUGAUAAUAGAAAGAAACCAGCUCACAUUGAUUCGCAGGCUCCAUAUAAGUGGGAAGGCUCUGACCAAAGUUCUCAAGCAUUUCAUAGUCCUUCUGGCCUCAAAGGAUCUGAGAGACCUUGCUGAUCUACAGGAGGAGACCGAGCAGUUCAAAGGAAUAUUAGGUCAUGUUGGAGCAGAGACAGAGCAUUUGGAGGAGUCCAGCAAGGAAAAACUGCAAAUUGUGCUCAGAAACCUCAACAAGUGGCUUCAGUACCAACACAGUAACUUUUCUUUUCAGAUGAAAGAAGAGCUAUUGGAUGAGAUCUUAGAAGAUAUGAAGCUCUUAAUAAAUAUGCUGAAGGAAGAUGUGCAGCUGUAUGCAGGGGAGACAUACCUAGCCAAGACUGAAAGUCUCAGGAGUGCUGCCAGGAUACAGGGACAUUGGACAGAGCUAGGAGAAACGGUGCUGAGUCGACACCGGGACUUAACUGGAGCAUUGCCUCCACAGCUCGCUGCCCUGGAAGAAAUAAACCAAAGUGCACGUGAACUCUAUCAGCAAUAUAACAUAAGGAUAAGUGGGAAUAAUGGCACAGCCAGAUUUUUGACAGUCUUGGUGAGAAGCAUGGAAGAUUGGUUAUUGAAGGCGCAAGAGCUAACGCGAGGUUCUGGCAUGCAUGAAACUGAACUGCAGGCGUUUUAUCACAUGAUUCCUUCAUGGUUGGCCCAAGUGGAUGCAUUAAUGAGCAUUAUAGGCUCCAGUCAGUUGCAUAAAGCUGAAAAUGAUAUGGAACUGCAUUUCCCGGUGGUACCUAGAGAAUUUUUUAAGAGGGUUCAACAAUGGAUUUUGUCCGUGAAUACUGAGGCUGAGAAGAGCACCACGCAUCUUAAUGAAGAAGUGACUGAACUGCACAGAAACCUGACCCUGUGGCUGGUGAAUUUGCUGCAAUAUGUGAUAGCGGAUCGCUUGUCCUGUGAGUGUCCCCAGCAGCAAGAGGCAGACUUCGAGAUGGGCAAGGAGCUCAGUCUUCAGAGUGCUCAGGAACUACAGGAAGAAGCAGAAAAGCUGAUUGCCAAGAUGUGUGGACUGUCUGGUUCUGUAGUCAGCUGCUGCCGUGAGGUUGUCAGCGCAAUUGUUCGGAAGAAACGGUCAGAGAAGGAUGCAGAAGCUGAUUUUGAGCUAGAGGAGCUGGAUAAACUCAAGACUGAGUGCUGUAAUUGGAUUCAAGUGUGUAGCCUUCUCCUUUCAGAGAUCAAAGGCACUCCAGUCUCCUUUCUGCAUUUAGAAGAACUGAGAAACUUCUUUGGAUCAGAGGAAUUGGAGUUGAAACUUAAGGACACUAUCAUUUCUUCAACUCAAGAAGGGCUUAAAGCUGAUGAUGCUAACAGUGAAAAGAAACGAAUAACAGAGAAAGAAACAUCAACAGUAAAGGAGAAAAUUGUCCUUAUGCAGGAGCAACCAGGUGCUGGUACAGAUGAUAUGAGUGAAGGUGAUGAAGCUACUACAGAUGUGAUCAGAUAUGUAGGACAAGACUCCAACAUCCACCUGAAAUCCUUGAAGUCAGACAUCAUUUCAGUUACAGGGAGAGAGAUGACUGCCAGCAAGUCGUCAACUCCCUUUUCUCAGAAAGAGUUUGAAGCCCUGGCACUGCUGGAACACCUGCAAGUGCAGCUUAUAGAAACAGAAAUCCGUGCUCAGAAUGCAGAGCAGAGAUCUGAAGAUUUUGAGAAGAAGCUGGAAGAAGCCCUGGAGAGAAUCCAGGAGCUAGAGAGUGAGCUGGAGAAAAGGGGCAAAGUCGUCCCAGAACCAACACCUAAAGAAGGGCAAGAAAAAUGUUUACAAGAAAGCUUGCCUGAAGGGGAAGCCUGCUCAACUCCCAAAACUUCCACCUCUGGCCAGCACAAGCAAUCCAGAAAAAGCAAAAAAUAA